CAUGUUGUGGGCUGCCAUGUUGAAGAAGCUGUAACAUUUUGGGCACAGAAUGUCAGUAGAUGUAAUGACCUCUUGAAAAUAUGUUGUGCGCUGACUGAAGCUUCUCCUUGUACUAAUGCAGUUUUUGGCAAACCUGAUUUUAGUCAGUGUCAGGUGUUGUACGUUGACUGUGGAAAAUCUUAAAUUCCGAAUAGACCAAACACAGUUAAAAUUCCACCAAACUUGCAAUGUUGCAGUGUUGAUAAGAAGUACAGACUCUGGGCACUGCACAGACCAGCUGAUCAGAACUUAAACACGUGUAACCAGGGGAAGAAGUUUUUGAGCAGCCCAGCUUUUGAAAAAGAAAUAAAAAUACAUCACAAAGCCAAUCAUAAAGAUGGUACCAUUGUUGCCCAGGCAGAAUACAAAAAAACAGAUAUUGGAGAAGAGGUGGUCAAGACAGGGUUUAAAAAAUACACAUCUCCAGGAAACACUAAGGAUGAGGAAAAGAAAAGUAGCUGUCACACAAAACUAACAUUGGAAGACACCAGCUUGGGACAAAUAAGAUCAGAUCAGAGGCUGUCUGAAGAGAAACAAGUUCUCAGAAGGAAGAAUAUAAAUCACUUGCAGAAGCAGAAGAAAUUAGAACUGAAGGUUCAAGAGCUGAAAUGUGAACUUCAGGUAUAUGGCAAUGCAAAGUGAAUACUUCUCACUGAGAAGAAGGAAUCAUCUAAGAAAACUGAAAGCUUUGAACAACGCACUUACGUUGGAAUGAAAACAAGAAGUUUGGCUGUUGGGGUGAAGGCACUGAAAAAAGUUAGGUUCAUAAAAAAGAAUAGUCAUUUUGGGAAGCAGCUCUCACAAGCCAUAAAAGUGGUUACAGAUGUUUCUCUCACUGUUCUGUGUUCAUUGGAAAAGCUGCAGAGGAUUUGGACAGAAUAUGACUUGGCUUAAAAGAGGAUUCAAUUAUGCAGAAAUGUGGAUGAAAGAGAUGAAUUGUUUAUCAAGCAAGAUGAGGUGCAGCAGAACUUGUAUUCAGCAGUGAAAGAAUUAAUUUUGGAAGUGGAUCAAGUGCCCUCUCUGGGCCCUCAAGAGUGUUACAGACUGUUCCAUUUGAACCUGGCUUUUACCUUGCUGAGCCAUUUUUCUGUCUAUGUGUAUCCUGGUGUACUGAAUCCCAUCUACUCAGAAAAAUUCCAGGAGCAUGAUGAAGCAGAGAAGGGAAUAAUUAUAAGUACUUACAAUAAAGUUAUGUGUAAAGUUCAUCAUGAGCAAAGUAUGAUCACUGUCAUACGAAACAGAUACUUGGCCAGUGCUGAGGUUUCAAAAAAGCAGGCAGAGGAAUGACUGAAUAGAAGACCCAAUAUUAACAACUUAUAAUCAGUUAAGAAAAUUGUGAAAAGCUUAAAGGCCCAAACACAAUGGAAGCUGAUUGGAAAGAACAAGUUUGAGGAAGGAAAAAAUCCACCCGUGUUAUUACAGCUUUGCAUUCAAAACCAGGAGUUUGGCAUAUAAGAAGAUGGAACACCUGAGGUAGAUGUGGUUGCCAUGGAUGAUAAAGUUAAAUCUCUUCUCUUGAAUUUGUUCUACUCUAACAGACUGAUGCCUGAGCAGGUGCUGAGGAAUGAUUGCUUCCUUGUAGUAGAUACAAUUCCAGUUUCACUGCAAGCAGGUAAAGAGUAUGAGCCCCAUAAAAAACAUGAUUCUGAGAAAAGACAUGAGGAAAAAAAAAAGUGAUCAACUGAGGAGAACGGAGCAAACUCUGUAAUAGAUGAGAAACUUUUCCAUCAGGUAUUUGAUUGA